CUUUUCCCCUUUCUCUUUUUCUCUUUUCUCCCACUUCUCUCUUUCUCUCUUUCUCUCUCUUCGCUCUCAUUCUCUUUCUUCUUCUUUCUUCUUCCUCCUUCAUCCGUUCAUUCUAUUUCGCCACUUCGCUGGUCUUGGCUGUUUGCGAGCCCAUUUCCUUCAUUGACUUUUUGGUUAAUCCUCCCUCUUCAACCCACUUUUAUUUAUUCAUUCAUUCCAUUCAUUCAUUCAUUCCUUCACAUCCAUCCUUUGAUACAAACUUUUAUCAUAGAUAUUCAACCAACCGAUACACAUUCAUCCCCACACUCUCUAUCUGUCACACCUUGUUCCUUUUCCCCACCUCAUUAAGCUCUAUCCUCUGUAAUGCAACAGCAGCAGACCUUUAAUCCAAAGGAUUAUCCCAUCGUCGUUGCUAUCGACUUUGGAACCACUUUCUCCGGAUGUGCCUAUGCUUAUGCUCAGGAUGACAAGGAAGUCAUUGAUAUCACCAGCUGGCCCAAACAAAACAUCCAGUACCCCAAGACACCAACACUCAACCUGUACAAAAAAGAUGAUCCCGAAAACAAGCUGGUAGCAUGGGGCUGGCGCGCCAAGAUGGAAACCCUCAAGCCCACCGCUCGACACCACACCCUUCUCUACCAAUACAAACUUCAUCUCGAUGAGAACCAACAGAGUGGACCCCUUGACGUCAACAUCACUGUUCUAGAAGCCAUCUCUCAUUACCUUGAUGCUUUCCACGAGUACGUCGUAGGCGAGAUUAUGCGUGGAUUCGCAAAGAACUUUCAGCGCGAUCACUUCCGUUACUGUCUCACCGUUCCUGCCAUGUGGUCUGACCGUGCUAAAAAUGUCAUGAGACAGGCUGCUGUCAAGGCAAAGUUGAUCAAGGAAUCCGACCACCCCGACCGUCUCAUGCUCAUCUCCGAACCCGAGGCUGCUGCACUCUACUGCGAACGCAAAUGCGACCAAUUCGAUCUUGGCAAUGGCGACCGAUUCAUGAUUUGUGAUGCCGGUGGUGGAACUGUCGAUUUGAUCGUCUUUGAAAUCGCCGUCACCUCUGCAGGACGUCGCCUGUCCGAGGUCACCAAGGGACAUGGUGCCUCCUGUGGGUCCGUCUUCCUCGACAGACAUAUGCGCCGCUUACUUGAGCAAAAGUUUGGACAUCACGCCGCCAAUUUCCCCGCCAACAUCAUCCCCAACUUGGUCGACACCUUUGCUGAUGUAAUCAAGCCUCAGUUUGAUGGCUUAGAGGACCAGUUCUUACAACUCCCUGCCAACCGCUGUUUUGAUGAUUUGGAGGAUCCCGAGGCUGUGGGCAUUGACGAUGGAUACCUUGUCCUCACCGCUGCGGAACUCAAGGAGAACGUAUUCGAACCUGUAGUGAAGGAUGUGCUAUCAUUGAUUCAGGAACAACUCACACAGGCAAAGGACUGCUCCGCCAUCUUUUUGGUCGGAGGAUUCGGCUCAUCAAAUUACCUCUACAGCCGUGUUAAAGCACAGUUCAGCAAUCAAGUUCCCCUCAUCUCCAUUCCCCCUCGUCCAGAGUUGGCUGUCGUCCGUGGAGCUGUCUGUGUAGGUCUCAACCCCCGUGUAGUCACAUCACGUAUCGCACGUCGUUGCUACGGUAUCUCAUCGGAUCAGCCCUUCGAGAAGGGUAAAGAUCCCUUGGCCAAGCGCAAGUUCGAGGUCAAUGGUGUUUGGUGCAUUGAUCGCUUCUCGCCCUAUGUCCGAAAGGGUCAGAAGCUUAAUGUGGACGAGUGUAUCUCCAGAGAGUUCUCGUUCACGAAAUACUCGGAAGCACCUGAGGACUACAACAUUGCCUUGUAUGCAGCAGACACAGAUGGUGAUCCGCCACGUUAUACCACAGAUGCUGGUGUCUCCAAGUUGGCAGACAUCCCUAUUCCAUGCCCACACGCUCCCUCUGCACGUCUCGGUUCUAUGGUCAAGGUCAAGGUCAAUAUGAACUUUGGACUGAACGAAAUUCAAGCCGAGGCCGUCGUUGGAGACAAAGUCUACAGCACGACUCUCCAAUUCGAUGCUGUAGAUACAUAUUAAAAGAUUAUUUGGUUUAUACAACACGGACUGGGUGCUCAUUAUCAUUAUCAUUUCUGUUCUUCUCACCAAAAUAAAGUUUUUUUUUU